GUAAAAGUACCUAACUUAGGAUUAGUGGUGCAACUGUUGGUCGGUCCAGCCGCAGUCGCAGUAUUGGUCCACUUGUCGCGUAGACGACUCCUACCGCUACCAACAAGAUGGCCUCCCAAGACCGUUUGGAUUUGCCUUGUGCUCUCUCACAUUUCGAAGCUACAAGCAUCACACUCCUACCCAUCCACCUCUAAUCACACCAGCCUCGACUGACCCAGCUCCUUUCAGUUUUCUUCCUACACAUUUGUUACAGUUGCCACCCUUCUCUCGACUCCAUUUUGACCUGCGUUCUUCAACCGCAGAGUCCCGCACUCGCCGUCUCCUCCUGCGCCCUUCCUAGAUGCACCAGUCUCAGGUGUCACCGUUGCCGCACAUGUCCACGGGCUUCUGCAGAUAAAUCACCUUCACCAUGUCGUCUUUUUUUGGGAAACGGAAGAGCCAGAAUGCCACCACUCUAGCAGUCGGUGCCAACCCCGCGAAAAAUCUCAAUGCGCCAGUCCCCACACCCCUCGAGCGUAUGCUCAUCAAUGCUGGUCCAAUCCGUAACGAUGGAAGUGACAAAUUCUUCGGCAUGGAAAAUUUUGGGAACACUUGGUCAGUGCUGAAUUGCAUCCUCCGACCUCAUUUCUAACCCCGAACAGUUAUUGCAAUUCGAUACUGCAGUGCCUCUAUUAUUCUGUUCCUUUUCGAGAAAGUGUCCUCGCAUAUCCUCGACGCUCCAAAGCCGAAUCCGUCGCCCAAGCCCAAGCUAACGCCCCAGAGAGGAUUCCUCCGAGUACCCAGUCCAAUGGCGCACCUAAAAAGCCUCCUGGCCCUAGUUCCUCACGAAGCGCUGGUACUCAACCCCAGCAGCCGAAGCCAGAAGACAAAGACUCUCCCGAAUACAAGAAAAAGCAAGCAUUGUUGGCUGGGCCCAUUUUAAACAUGAGCUACGAGAAUUCCGCAGAUUACGGCAUGCCCGAAACACUCUUUACCGCUUUGAAGGACAUCUUCGAAGCCGUUGUCCUUCAGCAAUCCAGGAGUGGCGUCAUCAGUCCAUCUCGCUUCCUCGAAACUCUGAGGAAGGACAACGAGAUGUUUCGUUCAGCGAUGCAUCAAGACGCCCAUGAAUUCCUCAACCUUUUACUCAACUCUGUCGUCGAAGAUAUAGAGGUACACGAUAAAACUGUCAAGGAACAAAAGAGCCUGGAGCCAGCUCCUCCGCCGGAAUCCGAAGAACCUUCAACGGACGCUCAGAAUGAGUCGGCCACCGUCUCUUUCCCUUCCAUCCUCCCGAUGCCCUCCACGACAUCACCCACCAAAUGGCUUCACGAGCUCUUCGAAGGUAAACUUACCUCCGAGACCAGGUGCCUAACCUGCGAGAAUGUCUCUCAGCGUGACGAACCUUUCCUCGACCUGUCGGUCGAUUUAGAACAGCACUCAUCCGUCACAGCAUGCUUGCGACGAUUCUCCGAAGAGGAAAUGCUUUGCGAGAGAAACAAGUUCCAUUGUGAUAAUUGCGGAGGUCUUCAGGAGGCCGAGAAAAGGAUGAAAAUCAAACGACUGCCCAAGAUCCUGGCCCUUCAUCUUAAACGAUUCAAGUACACGGAAGAUUUACAGCGUCUCCAAAAGCUGUUUCACACAGUGGUGUAUCCAUAUCACAUGAGACUGUUCAACACGACAGAUGAUGCCGAAGACCCCGAUCGACUGUAUGAGCUGUACGCCAUAGUCGUGCACAUUGGAGGCGGCCCGUACCACGGUCAUUAUGUUGCUGUCAUCAAGACACAAGAUCGAGGCUGGCUUCUUUUCGACGACGAGAUGGUCGAACCGGUUGACCGAAAUUUCGUCUUGAACUUCUUUGGCGACAAACCAGGUCUUGCCUGCGCAUAUGUCCUAUUCUACCAAGAGACCACUAUUGAAGCUAUCCGAAAAGAGCAGAUGAGUGAGGGCAAGCGACGGGCCUCGCAAAGUCUCACCAAUGGAAUCAGCGUUCCCAUUGAAAACUUGGCCGACCUCCAUCGCACUCAGACGGUGAGUCCAACCAUGUCGCCAACCUCGGGAGAGGCGGCACAAUAUGCCGUCCUCGACCAUGCCAUGACCGCUCCACCACAGCUCAAGUACAAUGGACAUGUAGAGGCGCCACGAUCUCCAGUCCUAGCAGCUGUGAGACCGUCGAGUCCGGUGAUGCAAAGCAAGAAGGAAAAGGUCAAGGAGGAAAAAGCCCGAAAGGAAGACGAAAAGGCGAGGAAGCAAGCGGAAAAGCAGGCCGAAAAGGAGAGGGUAGAGGCAGAAAAACAACGCCGCAAGGAUCUGUCGACCAAACUACAGGAGGCACACCGACGGCAGGAGGCCGAGCUCAAGGCCGCGUUGGACGCGAGCAAAGUCUCCAAGGCGGAAGAAGAUCAGCGUUUCGCUUUGGAAAGGGCCGAGACGCAUCAACCCAACGGGUCGAGCGGGUCAGGGCUGGACCGAUUCAAACGAUCGAAGAGCCUACGUUUUGGAUCGCUAACCAAGAAGAAAUCGAGCGAGGAACACAGCGGGAGCACGUCGGUGGAUGUCGACGGGCCUUCCCUCGGCAAAGACAAGGACGUGGAAUAUCCUAAGGACAAGGAAAAAGAAAAGAAAAGUCGAUUUAGCAUUCGGAAAAAGUCAUCGGGGAAAUUCCCCUGAAAACUUGUGGCAUCAUGGCACUCUAACUUCGCACGCCACUUGACGAGGCGAAUGCAUCACCAAUUACCAGCAUACAACCCAGCGAGCUUGAGCGAAAUGCCAUAUCGAAUUUUGACAUCGCCAACGCAUCAAUGGGAGGGUGGAGAGAGAGAGUCUCUCCAGCCACGUCCAUGUCGAGUUGACGAAUAGACAGCAUUCAUCAUGGCGGUUUUUUUUGAGACACAGUUGGAGACCAAGGCUGGACCUGUUUUCAAAAAUCACGUCAGGGCGGCGCGAAUUGAUUCGGCCAUGACAAGUAUAAUGGCUCAAUAAUGACUGGAUUAUUACGAUUCAGGCGUCUUUGGAGAGUGAGAGGAAAAUGUUGAUGGUAUUGGGUGUCUCAUGGGACAGCGUGACAGGAGGGACCAUGUUGUGGCUAGAAGACUAGGCUAAUGAUGGGGAUGAAUAGAGGGGAUUCAGUGCCCAUAUCAACUAAUGAAGAUUUAUCCAUCAUA